GAUCCAACGGGCGGUCCAAGGGUCCCGCAUCGACGUCAUGUGACCUUACUCUCUGCAUGCCCAGGUGUGCGCCUGCAGCAGCAGCUCUCACAUGCAAUCGAACGACUCUCUGAACCACAUACCAUCUACCUGGCGAAGCUACUCUCUCACUUCCCUGCCACAACUUCCUUGCGCACGCCGACAGUAGCUUUGCAUCGCUCAAUUGGAGAGCUGCGGAUGGUCAACGCCAAACAAGGAGACGGUCAGGAAGAGCGGAGCAGAUCCCGUGGGCAGACGGCAGCCUAGUCGCAUACUUACACCAGCUGCCCGUUCUCGGCGUUUGCUUCAUCGUACUUGUCUGAGUCUCCUCCAUCUUUCUGCUUGCAGCAUCGCAACCUCUCGCGCCCGUUUCGCCUCGCAUCGCGUUGGCUAUUUGCAUCCACCAGCGCCGUGUGCAGGCUUCGGACAUGGCCCAGCAGCUGUCCUGGACAUACGAUCCUCACGACGUCGCAACUCUGAUCGUCUUCCUUCCAGAUGGCACCUCCAAGCGCAUCACCAACCUUCCCGCCGGCCUGAUACGCUGCACAUGCCCCGUGCUUGCAGAAGCUCUCAGCGAUGGGCCCCAAGGCCGCCGCCAGGCAGGCAUCGACGUCAGGUCCGAGGACAUUGUGCACGGCCUGAUGCGCUAUCUGCAAUGGGGCGACUAUCUCACCCCAGCAGAGAGAGAUCAAGCGUCUCCUUCGCUCCUCAAGCACGCCGAAAUGUCAAAGGUGGCCCAGGACUUCGACCUCCCGAGGCUCAGGGUGGCUGCGCGUAUGCACUUCUUCAGCAACACUGAACUGGCCUGCUGCGUUCCUUGCCCUCCCGCCGACCUGUGUGAGACGAUUCGAUUCCUCUAUCGAUAUCCCACGGCUGGUCCUGAGCUGCUUGACUGUCUUCUGAACUACUGCGUCUCGUGCUUUGCCUACCAUGACCUGGGUGCCAAUGCAGGAUUCCGCCAAGUCGCGUAUGAGAUUCCCGAAUUCCAUCGUGCUCUGGUUCAGACCAGUUUCAAGCGUGGUCUCAUUGAUGAAGGUGCUUCCGCCAUCAUGCAACUUCCUGUUUGUGAAAACACACCCCUCUCCGUGGAGAUCGAAACCCGUGAUUUGCAGUCCGAGCACUAUGCACAUGGCUGGUACGACACUGAACCUGACCGCCUUGACAGCACUGACACGGACGGCGAUGCAUUCGGCAGCCUUCGUACGAAGAGGCGCAAGACGCUCACUCAAAGCGAUUUCAAUUUCGCCCUCGUUCGUCGGUUCAAGAAAGACGGUGCCGGUCAAGGAGCUGGUGUCUAUUCGGACAGCGACCUCUCCAGUGCCGAGGAAGGUUUCACGCUCGUGCACCGCCCAAACGUCACUCGCGAAUUCGAUGAUCACGCUGAUACUUCGAACGUGUCCAGCAUGAGCGCGGUUGGAGAGGGUGGUGCGAGGGCUGCUGAAACCGCCUAUGACUCCGCUGAUGAAGGUGAUGAUGAGGGCUUCAGCGAGGAGUCUGGCCCUGAUGAGUCGGACGAUGCCGCAUCCGUCGUAGAUGUGCCGCAGCAUCCGGCGCCCAAUACUCUAGUCUUCGAUCCUGACCUUCUCGCUGCAUGCGCCAGGUUACAACUUGAGUGUUCCGCUCCAUCCACUCCCAAGGUCAUCUCAGCGCCAAUUCCUUCGACUGACGUAGAUGACGGAAACAGCUCCUCGUGGUCUCUGGUUUGAAUCCAGGAACUGGCUCCAGAUUCUGUCUGGCGAAUCCAGGUAUCACACCCGUCUCAUUAUUUCAAAGCAUGCCGGUUGUGGAUUGUAGGUAACUGUUUCGGUUAUGGAUAAGGAUAGGGUAUCAGCACGGCGUCCUGGGGAGUCUUCAAUCUACAACCGGAUUCAUCUGGGGGCGGCGUGUUGCAAUGCGCGAUGGUUACAAAAGGAAAAUGGAUUGUAUAACAAUCCGAUGAUGAGAUCAUUGGUUAUGCCUAACGGAUUCUUACGCUAUGGGAUAUGGUAUCCGUGGAGUCUCGGUAUCAACAUCCAGUCUUUUAUCGGCUAUCUCUAGCUUAUUAGACUUGAUCCUGGCUGGAGCUAGGAUGUGGUCUAGGGGCUGGUUACAUCUCAGGACUCGAAUAUUUUAGCUGCAGCAAAGCAAUGCAAUUGAG